AUGUCGCUGUCAUCGUCCUGCCCGGAUCUGGAGCUGUCGGACCGUUCGAACGCUUGGCGCGACGACGUCAUGCUGCUGGAUCUGGAGCUUUCGUACCGUUCAGACGUUCCGGUCAUAGAUGCAAUGCUGCUCCUUGUACUCAUUGGACUCGAAUCAGACUCCACCCACUCCUCAUCACUCAGACCACCCUUCCCUGAAGCCGAUCUCUCACUGCCGGAGCUGCUUCACGAUGCGCAGACGGUAGGCCUUGGCGGCAUCACUCGCAAGUCCAUUUCUCCGGCUGCAGAUUUUCGAUUUGGACCUCCCCCUAAAAUCAGUGGCUGA